AUCUAGCUGGCCUGCCUUGAAGCACAGAAACACACAUCCAAUUUUUGCACACUAUGGCUAACAAGCAAAAGGCUCUCGUUUGCUCAGGCCUCCAGGGAACGUACUCCGUCGAGCUCAUCGAUGUGCCUGAGCCUGGUCCUGGCCAGGUGCUCGUCGAGCUGCAGGCUAUCGGGCUGAACCCGAUGGACUGGCUCAUGCGCGAUAUUGGUAUAUUCGUCCCCAAGUGGCCCGCAGUCUUCGGGUACGACGGUGCAGGGAUCAUCAAGAAGGUGGGCGAGGGAGUUACGAGUAUCAAGGCUGGAGACAAAGUGAUGCAUGCUGGCACUCUCCAAGAACCGAGGGUGUCGACAUUCAUGCAGUAUGUCGUGAUGAAGGCAGAGUUCGUCGCCAAGGUUCCGAGUAAUAUUUCUCUCGACCAAGCCUCGACAAUCCCGCUCGUGCUAGCAACUGCAGUUUUGGGCAUGUACGAUAGCAAGCGCGCACCGCAUGGUGGGAUUGGCUUGACUCCACCUUGGGAAGAGGGUGGACGGAACAAGUACGCAGGCGAGCCUAUCGUCAUCAACGCUGGCUCUACUGCAGUGGGACAAUACAUGAUCCAAUUCGCCAAACUCUCUGGUUUCUCACCCAUUAUCACGACUGCGUCGAAGCACAAUGAAGAGUACCUCAAAUCUCUCGGCGCAACGCACGUCAUCGACCGCACCAUCUCUUUGUCCUCGCUGCCCGCCGCGUUACGCGCCAUUACAGAGAAGCCGAUCAUGUACGGCGCGGACGCGAUCUCGACGGCCGAGACGCAGAACGCGAUGUACAACGUCGUCGCGCCCGGGGGAAAUCUGCUCAUUGACACGCACAACCAAAUCGGGAAGGAUAAGCUCGAGAGCGGGGAAAAGUUUGUCGCGCAGGUGUUUGGCGAUGUACAGCACCCGCCGGAGCAGGCGUGUGGUCUGGCCCUAUAUGCAAACAUCACGGGGUUGCUUGAGAGGGGCGAGAUCAAGCCUAACAGGAUCGAAGUCAUCCCUGGCGGGUUGGCGGGGAUACCUGGAGCCUUGGACAGGCUCAAGAGCGGCGUCAGCGCGUUGAAACUCGCGGUUCGUCCUCAGGAGACCCCAUAAUUUAGUGGACAUGGAACUUAGGCUCGGUAUGAUGGUUAUCAGUAUAAUACUAGCUAAAUAGGUUCGGUACUCCCUGCCUAGUCUUUUACCAGUGCAGAUGGUCGCCAGGCAAUU